UGUGGUUCCGAUCAACAAGUCAGUACCGCUUGUUGAUCGGAAGCAGCAACAUCCGACGCUGCCAGAAUGACUCGUCUAACGGUAUCCAUUGUGGUCACCCUGAUAAUCUAUUUUGCUUACCACCUGAUGGCCAGUGAGGCUCUUAAGACCAGUGGAAUCGCGAGUUCCCCGGAAAUCCCCGGAGAUAAUCUGCCAAGUGACGAAAAUCUGGUGAAAAGUGUUAACAAGUGGCUAAAGAGUGCAUACAAUCAACGGCAGAGAGCAUCAGCGACACUAAACGGUGGCCGCUUUGGACCCUUGACCCUGCUACGAAGAUCUCAACCGGUGGAACCCGUUAGGUUGGGUGGAAAAAAUCCCUACAACUACCUGUCAGAUGUACGCUUGUUCGAGGACGACGAUAUAGAAAAACGGUUCGACGAUUACGGCCACAUGCGCUUCGGCAAACGAGGUGGCGAAGGAGAACAGUUUGACGAUUACGGCCACAUGCGAUUCGGCCGGUAAAGAGUGUGUAUGUGUGUGCGUUGAAUUCGGCUUCUCGCUGUUUGCAAAUGCCCCUCUAGGUACUCGUGGUGGCUGGUAACUUCUCUUCGCUUGGUCCAUAUUGGUUGAUGCCGAUUGUAUAAAAGAUAGUGUAGAAUAAUGCGAUUAAAACUAACACCUUAGAAUGUGCUGAACCAGAACGGUGCGCUUGUGCAACGUGAAAGAAAAUCCCUUUCAUCAGUCAGUCACUUUCCACGUUCGGAUAGUUCGAUAACUCUACUGUGCUUCUCAGAUCGUUUACAAAUUGUAUUUCACUUAAACUACAAAAAUAGAUUGCUAUAAAUUUUU